ACUGGUGUUUAUUUGACAAAUAUGUCUGCAUGCUCUUAGCAAGCAGUAAAAAGAGAGUUCUGUAGCUGGCAGAAAGAUUUCUCAUUUCACAAAGACGCGGAGAGGAGAAGAUUUAAUAAGGCAACAUGAUAAAUUUCCAAGUGACGAUCUUCUUUGCUGCUUCAGUAUGCCUUUGCCUUGGCUCGUUGAUGCCAGGUGGUGAGCGAGAGAUGACAAAAGAACAAAUAGAAAAGGAUGAAAGACUUCAAGAAGCAGUCAAAUUUGCAGUUACUGAAUACAGCAGCAAAGUCAACUCUGAGUUGACUGCCACUGAGAUUAUACGGGCCAAAGUGCAGGUUGUUGCCGGCCUAAGAUUUACGGCCUUGGUUGAAAUGCAUCCAAGUAGAUGCGUCCACGACCCAAAGCUGAAGAUUGCACCAUGCCCACCAGAGAGCAAUCCUGCAACGAAAUGUGUCUUUACGAUCGUGUAUGAGCCAUGGGUUCCAGUCAAGAUAUCUGUUUUGAUGACAAAAUGUCUGAAGUGAUAAUCUUACUUAAUAACAAAAAGCUCUAGCAGCUGCAUGUAUAAAAUGCCUAUCCAUGCAUAAUGGUUAACGAUAUAAGAUGUAAUUGAUAAACAAACUUGAUGUAUUUUUCAAUUCUGAAAUUCUCAAUACAGGAACUCUCUUUGCAGCAACUCGAUUUGCUUGUGCUCAAUUUUCAGAAGGGAAUAAAAGUCACCUGAUCUCAAAUUUCCUUAAGCUCGAAGUAGAUAAAUAAAUGCUUGAUAUUGGCAUCAAUCUGUUUUUUUGCCUUGAAUCGGCAAUCCACGUGCUUAUUAUUGUCACUUGCAAUUUAGAAUUGAGCCAACCGGAUCAUUCUUGAGUUUGCGACUGCUGUAUCUUUCAGCUUAGGCCGUAAGACCUAAAAAUAUGAUCCUUGAUGAAGGUGCUAGAAUUUGUAUAAAACAAAUGAAUAUCCUCAGAAUUUCCGCUGAAAGGCCAAAUAAGACAAAUCUAUGUAGUAGAAGCAACAAAUAUUUCCAGGAAUUUUGACUCCGAAAAAGGCCAAAAUUGGAAAACUUGGCCAGAAAAGGCCAGUCUUCCUACCAUGGCAAGCUUCAAACCUUUUUGCUGAUCAAUAGAUGUAAGUAAGCUUUUUAGCAUACAUCUACGACAAAAGGAAUGCUUGAAAAAUAAUAGUUUUUCGCUCUUUUUCCCAAAAUACAAUUCUUUAAAAAUGUUUGUAUUGAGCUGUACAGGUAUACACGGUGGAGCGUAAAAAGAUGAUUGAUGAUGCGGUAUAUAGCCCCUUGCCUCCCCCAAGAUGAAAAGGCUUUUUUACUUCUAGGAAUCUGAUACCAGCAGCAAACAGUGAAUAUAUCUGGUAAGUCAUAAAAAUGAUACAGUAAAUAGCAAAAAGAAGACAAGCAAUUGUGAAUUGAAUGUAUUUUGGUAGAAACAACACUUUUCCACAAUCCACAAAAACAUGGGUAAAUUCUUUAGAUACCACGUACCUUUAAUUAUAGAAGUAAAAGAACACUUUCUGCAUAUGUUAAACCCUCUCUACAGUGUUUGUUUUUAUCGAUAAAUAACUUUUGAAAUAUGACCUUUAUCCAUUGCAUUUUAUCCAAGAAUAAAUAUACCAGUUAUAUCGCAUUUUAAAAGCGAGAUAAACAGGGGCACAGUUGCUGGGGGAAGGGGACUAUAUCAAUCUCUCAAGAGCACCAAAAUUGUCAGAAAAUGUUUGGAAAUUUGCUACUUUGUCGAGUUUUUUAAAAAAUUUAGCUUUAGCCCUCUAAAAGUUAUCACCCACUAGACCCCUAGUGGAAGUUGGGUGACUUUUUUCCCCAAUACCUCUCGAUAGUUCUGCUUGGUAUGGUUGGCGGAGAGAAAUGACUAUUUGAGGCUUCUAUUAUCUAUUAUCACCCACUAUUCUGAGGCCUAGACUGCAAUUCAUCUAAGGUCACUAGCAUCCUAUUUCGUUAUGUCAUUUACUUCAUUAUUUCAGUUCUAUUCUACGUAGAUCAUUUGCCAAAGCAUAUCUAAUUUGAAUCAACUCUCAGUAAAGUCAAAGUACACAAUCUCAACAUGUUACAGAGCGGUAUCCUAAUUUACUUUAUAGUUGGACCACUGAAAAGCUUUGCAGCGACUAGAACCAAGUCUGAGGAAUGCUUUUGCAGAUGAAUUUGAUUGAGUGUUUUACUUGCUAUCUGUCUUAUUUUACUUGCUAUCAAAUUGGGUAGAAGAAUGCAGAUCAUGUGAUGCUCACUAUCUGCAAAGUCCAGAAAAGUUGCUAACCUUCCUCCAGACAAAAACAUCCCAGAAGGCAAACCUUCCUCACAAAUAAUAGAAAAUGGGCGUGGCUUGGGUGUGUCAUAGGAGCUUCUUUUGUUUUCGUGGACCUUUCUCCGGUCAGUGGUCGUGCGACCGUAAUGUUUUCCUAACUCUGACUAUUUGGACGCCUGAACAUUGAUCAUAUGCAUUGGUUGAUGUUCUUAUUAAGUCGAGACACUGUAUUCAGAAUUAGCGCAAAGAUUAUCAGUAUGAGGCUCUUUGUUUUCAGGGUCACAUGUGACACAACAGGGCCAUCGAAGAUCCUCGCAGACAAGCAGUAUAUGAGAGCACUUGCAUCGGCCACGGUCGCCGACGGUCUGCAAUAUCUGAGAAUCAGGCCCUGUUCACACGAUACCGGAUUAAUUUCGUAUCGGAUCGCUUUUCGUAUCGGAUAGGCCUUUUGUUCACACGAUGACGCUUGAAUCUGAUACACUCCGUAUCGUUUUUGCAAAGUCAAACCAUUCCACUGUGAGUGUGGAAUGGAAUCAUAUCGGAUCACUUCUGAGCUCGUGUGAACGAAUGAAUCUGAUACGGUUUCACACCGGAACCUCUGUUUCGAAAUAGCAGCUUCGUUUUCGCGGAUUUUAUAAAUAGUUUGACUUUCUUUCCCUUUUUUCAAGGCAGGAAAUGAAAGUGGAUCCCAGUUUACAAUAAAUAUGUGCUCCUUGCGAAGAUUAUGAGCUUCAAAAGAUCAAUGCAAAGGAAAAUUAGAUUGUUUUAAAAACUGGUUUCGAAAUAUAGUUUCUUCAAAACAAAACAGCGUAUCAGAUAUGUCACGUCAAAGAAUGCAUUAAAUAAGAAAAAGAGGAAAACAAACAACAUUCCAUGUUGCUAUGCAACUGCUUAAAGACAAAGAAAUGAAUCCAGUAUCGUGUGAACAGGGCCUCAUUAUUUCAUAUUCUAGUGACAACAUGUUUUCAAAAUUUUUUAGUGAACCAUCAAUGCACAGCAAGCUCCUGGUGUUACCACUGCAGAAAGCCUCUUCACUUUUCAAAUAACUCCAUAAGUCUGAACCAAGGCACCUGUCUCCUGAUUCUGCCUUGUAUAAGUGGAUAAAUUAUAAACAUUUUGCACCAGAUAUCACCAGAUAUUGGCCAAACAAGGCCAUAAACAUACAUUUAAGAAUUAACUAACAAAAGGUGCUUGCUUACAGUACGUACUUUCAGUAUUCUAUUGGACUAUUUAGAACAUUCACGAACAGGUUUAGAUCAUAGCUAAGAAGGCUUCUCCAAGAAUCGACAUGACGCUGACAGCUUUUGCUGACUGGAAACUUCACUGUAUGAUGAUGCUGGCAUUUCCAUUAUCAACAUUGUCAUUCUCAUGUGGCUCUAGAUUUCACUGCAAAACGCCUGAAAUCAAAUACAUCAGCAUGGAUAAACUGACAAAUAUGACCUUGAAUGGAACAGUGCUUAAGUCAUUCCAAGCAAAGGACAUUUCAGAAUGCCAGAGAUCUUGCCUCCAUGAAGAAAAAUGCCAGUCACUGAAUGUCAAUGUCAGUACAGCGAUUGGCCUGACAUGCGACCUUUUGGACAUCAAUAUCUAUAGCAAUGCUUCGCUUCUCCUUCAGCAAAGUGGAUCCGUUCAUCUCUUUAUACCGAGCAAAUGCAAGAAUAAUCCAUGCAUGAACAAUGCAGUUUGUGUGCCCCACUACAAGAACGACUCAUAUAGUUGCGAAUGCAAGUCAAAUGGAACGUGGAUAACAAAGGGAAUGCGCUGUGAAACAAUUCUGAGUGGAUAUUUUAGUGCUUUCGUUUACUGGUCCUUCGACGAUCCAGCAAGCCGUGUUCCUUUGACAAGCUCAAAACUGGCUAUGACAUCAUAUGCAGUAUCAUGGGAUCCGGUCUCGGAACCAGGUCGAAGACAUCCGGUUGUAAAAUGCAAAGAUGGCGGCGCUUGCAUACAGAUUUGGAAAAGUGUACCUUGUAUAAACACCUUCGGUAGUUGCCAGCCAACAGUGACGUAUAGUUUGUGGAUCAAAUUUACUAAGUUCCAGGCUAUACGAUCGGCUAUCAUCAUGCUAUCCUAUAACUCUGGUGUCCGAACAGGCAUGAGUUUCAAAGCUAGAAAUACUGGAGAAUUUGAAUUUGCAAUCUCAGUUUCUACAUCAAAACGCUGGUUUCUACAUCCUUUCGGUAGGAACGUCGUCAGGACAAGAUGGAAUCAAUUCACUUUAACUGUGGACGAUAACAUUGGAGUUUGUGCCUUCAUCAACGGAGUGAAAGAUGCCUGCCAAACUACAUAUCAAUCGGUUUCAUUGACUGACUAUGCGAAUACAGCAGUUAGAUUGGGAGGCGCUUGGUUUGCCGAUAGUGAACCAGACAUCUAUAUUGAUGACUUCGCCGUGUGGCAAGUGGCACUUACUGAAAACGAAGUAAAAAAUCUUUACGAGCAAACCAAAAAUUAACAUUGUAAGAAGAACUUAUAGAUAACCUCAUUCAAUAAAGAUAAACUAACUUGAGCGAACGAAUAACAAACCUCAAU